CUGCGUGACAGGCGGACACGUUGAAGGCAGGACUUCCUGGCGACGUGUUGUAACAGGGGCUGGAGUUUUACUUUCAAUUCCUGGACGAGUGGGUGAGCACUUCUUGUCAGGCGAGAAGAAGAAAGCCUGGACGACGGACCGGUAGAGUAUGUGAGAGGGAGAGAGAUACGAGGCGGGGGGAGGGUGGGAGGAGACUUGGGUUUUUUUUUUGUCUCUGUCUGUUGUUGUUUGAAAGCUGCAAAUGGAGGCCAGCCUGACCUGUGCGGUUUGCCUGUCGGUGUUUGAAAACCCCACCACCCUGCCCGUCUGCUCGCACAAUUUCUGCAAGAAAUGCAUCCUGGAGUGUGUCACCAAAUCCUUCUCGUACGGCCUGGACUACGGCGGCAGCAGCAACAACAUCUGGAAGAACAGUCAGCUGGAGUGUCCCCUCUGCAGGAAGAGCAACUUCAUCGCCGAGGGAGCCGUCAACAUGCCGGGCAACACCACCUUGGCCGAGGUGGUGAAACUUUUCCGCUCGCAGCAGCAGCAGCAGCUGGCGGUUGGAGGCGGAGGCGGGCGCGAGCCGGAGCCGUUGGAGCCGAUGGCGGGCGGCACGCGGGCCCCCGGCGGCGAGCGCGAGCUCUGCCAGCGGCACCCGCACAGGAAGCUGCAGCUCUUCUGCAAGGUCUGCAAGCAGCUGGCGUGCGGCCAGUGCGUCUCCGAGGAUCACCGGGGGGUCUUCCACGCCGUCAACCUGGUCGAUAUGAUCUACCAGGAGGAGAAGCUUGAAUACUUCAAUAACCUGAGAGAACUGAGGCAGCUGAAUAACAGACUAAAGGUUGAAAUUGCAGACAACCCAUCAGAUUUGGAGUACGUUUUAGACUAUGACAAAGAAAUUAUUAUAACUAAGAUCGAUAGGAUUUUGGAGAAAGUGGAAUUGAAGAAAAGGCAGUUGAUAGAUGAAAUUGAGAAGAAGAAAGAGUGGAAAGAGCGUGAGCGUAAAGCUCGACUGGAAAGAAAACGAACACAGAAGAAAACAAUUGAGGAGUACCUGAAGGAAUGUGAAAAAUUAGUAAACGAAUGUAACCCUGUGAAUUUUCUGAAGGUGGCCUGUGACCUAAAUGAAAGGGUAAAGAGCAACCUUGCUAUCGUCCUUCCUACUUUAGAGAAGCAUAAUGAAUUGACUUGUCUGCAACCACAUCAGUUUCUUGUAAAACCAGUGUUGGACAGUAUCUCUGCACUUCAGUUGACCAAAGAUACCGAAAAGCCUAAUAGCAUCUUGGGUACUGGCAAUACUGCAAGUGAGCUACGCACAGGUGGCUACCAAUUUAAAACUACCUUAAAAAUGUGGAAGCAGCCCAAGGAAUUUAAAGAGCCAAAGUUUGUUCCAGAAACUAUUUUUGAAUAUGGCUGUUAUGACCAGAUUUGGUGUAUUUCUGCAAAAGAAGACCAUCAAAACAUGAGUCCAGAGGAACUGCGCUAUAAACACUAUCAAUCCUACAGAAAAGACUGGAACUGCUUUGUGACUGAAGGGUAUGCUGAUAGUGAAAAUAAUCUCGAGCCUUCACUGUCUUCAGUUCCUGUAGAGCUGCUCAAAACACCUAAUGGAGUACAGAAGCCUCAUGUUAAAUUAUUCAGUUUUGGUCAAUCCAUUAAAAAAGUGAAAAAGAAAUUCCGUGGCAAUUUAUAUGUGCCUUUGCCUCCUAAUUCAGGAUCCACUGCAAGUAUCCCAUCAGUUUCAAACUCAGAGAUGUCAUCACCCUGUGCUUUUGAAAAAUCGCUUAUUGUGGAAGAUAAAAAGCAAAAACAUGAUCCUGUUCCUCCUACAUCAGUUCCAUCUGAAACCAUCUCGAGCAUCACAAGCACUGUCGAAAACCUGCCAACAGCAGUAACAGCAUCUCUUCCAGUUACUCUGAGCUUAUGUUCAACAAUGGCGAGCUCUGACAAAACAGGUGAAUGUCAGCAAAAGCUAUUUAGCUCUGAUGCAAUUGGUUUUGCUGUAUCUAAGUGCUCCAGCUCACCAUCCAAGCAAAAAGAAUCCAGUAUUUCAAAUGUUGGUAUCGGAUUCCUUAAGCCCACAGUCACCUGUGGAAGUUCACCGUCAUCCAAGUUGCCCAGUGGCUUGACAUUUGCAGAUACCUCCGCCAACAAAUUAAAGGAUCAGCAAGCACUGUCAACAUCAACGAGUUUCACGUUUGAGAAGCCUGGUUCAUGCUGUUUUAUGAGAAUUCCAACCAGUACUUCAACUUCUGUGUUACACAAUAAAACUAUAUGUGAGUCAACUGGUAAACAUACGAAACAUCAAAAUAGCCAAACGAGCUACAGCACAUCAUCCACUUGCAUUAGCAAAGUGCUUUUGGAUUCAAAUGGAACAUCAUCCUCUUUUCAGUUUGGGAAAGGGAAAGAACAGUGUUCACAAGAAAGCUCACCAAAACCUGAUUUGUUUGGCACUUCAGGACUCUUGAGUGGUCAAGUCAAGCCAGCGGCGUCAUUUUCCUUUUUCAACUCUGGAACUGGAACGUUGGAUUUUUCAUCCAAACCUUUUCCCAGUAUAAAAUCAACAACCAAAUCAAGUGAAUCUUUGAGAAACCCAGAAAAUCCAGCUGGUCUGACAGGUUCAACUGUUGGAAGAGAUCUAGCUAGCCCCUUUAAGUUUUUACAAGUACCCCGAAGCAAUGUUCCAACUUUGAAUGAAGAGCAAUGUUUGUCGACUACUAGCAGAUCCACCACACCAAGUUUUGAUUUUAAAUUAGCAGAUUCUGGUAUUGUCACAUCAGCUUCAACUUUAUUCACUUCGCCAUCAUCAGGUUCCUCAACCUCAAGCCGAACACUGUGUGAACAAAGCUGUGUAACAUCUCAAAGCAGCUUUAACCCUUUGAAGCAUGUUGCUAGUUCUGCUGAAACAUCCUCUAUUUUCACCAGGACCAAUUCAAUUGGUUCUAAUUCAAUGGUUUUUACACCUGCCUUUGGUCAAGAACCCACUUACUCAAUCACUCAGCAGCAGAGCACUGCAACACUAGACAGUGUUACCAAAGUGAAGGAAAUGUCAACCUCAGGACUGUCAAUAAGUGCUGAAACAGUUGCUUUAAGAAACUGUAAAGGUUUAACUCCAAUCACUCCUCCAGAUAUAGCAAGAGAUGUACCUGACCUUGUUACACUUACCCAAGUAUCCAAAAAUGAUGUUCCUAAUUUGAAUGAAAAGCCAUUUGUAUCAAACUCCGAUUUUAAGUUAGAAAAUCCAGAUAUUGUCCUGUCUCCUCCAUUUUUGCUUGCUUCACCAUCAUUUGUUUCAACUUACUCCAAUUCCUCAUCAUUGUCAACUCCUGUUGCACAAAAUGUUCUGCCAACUCAAAACAGCACAAAGCCAUUGAAUCUUUUUGCUAGAUGUGUUGAAACGACCUCUGUUUGCUCCAGGGCAAAUUCAAUCUGCUUUAAUGCUGUAACCAGUCUCAAUCAAGGUUGCACACCAACAGUCAGUCAGCAACAGAACACUGUUAGGCCAGCUGAUGUUGCCAAAGUGAAUGAAAUACAAACAUCAGAGUUGUCAAUAUAUGCUGAACCAUCUACGUUUAACAGAGCACAUUCAUUCGGUUUGAAUUGCAAGGAUUCGUCACCAGUAGUAAAUCAGCAGAGUUCUGAGAAAGCACCAACUGAUAUUGGUGUUGAAACCCACAAACUAAAAGAAACUUUGCUGGCAGAAACAUUAACUUCUGAACCAGAAAUAUUUCACAGGAUCGAAUCUGCUAACUCUGGCUGUGUGGAUUUUGCAGCAGGUUUCAACAAAGGGCCCCCUUCAAUCAGUACACAACAAACUCAAGUUCCAUUUGUUGAUGAUGAUAUCAAAACUUGCAAAACAAAAUCAGUUGAAGUGCCAAAAUCUACACAACAAUCAGUAAUUGGGAAAAUUCCUUUCUCGCAACUUGGUAAUGCAACAUCUAUCCCCGAAAAUCCUUUGGGGAGACGUUGUAGUGAUACAGAUGAAGAAGGCAAAAACCCUCUAAUAUUUGGUGAGCAAAGUUGCAAUACACAAGUAUCCCAUAUAACUGAAAACCAAGGUUAUUCUGAUGACCGCCAGAGUUCUGUUGUCACUAGUGAGAUGGAACAUCCAGAUAGCUUAACUGCUAAAGAGAGCCCAUAUCUUAGCAGAAGGAGAUGGACAAAUAUUGAACCACUAAAUUUGUCACACACAGGAGAUUCUGCAUGUAUUCCACAGUCUAUUGCAUCUGUUGCUAGUAGUUUUGCAGAAGCUAGUAAUGGUAAUGCACAAGAGGACAUCAAGAGAAUAGCAACAGAUUGCUCACUCUUUACUGCCACAUCUCCAGUUUUUUGCCCAGUUUUUAAAUUUGGUGCGGGUAAUGAUUUUCAAUUCACACUGGGUACAAGUAAACUAACAAAUUCCACAGAACCGCAAGAGAAGAACGAGGAAGAUUGUUUUCUGUGCAGCUUUACAAUGUUACCAUCCCCUCCACCAGUUAAUGAUCCAGCUACCGUCUUAGAUGCAGAAAAUGUUCUCUUUUCUAACAGAGGAAAGCUGUACUGCUUUGAAAGGAUGUCCUUGCGGUGGAAGGAGCGAGCAUUUGGAGAAAUCAGAGUUUUAGAAGAUAAAAUAACAAAGUUAUCAAGAUUAGUGAUGUGGAAUGCAUCUAAUAAAUGCUGUGCCAAUCACUGGAUCACAAGAGAUCUGGAACUAAAGCAUGCAAAGACCAGUAAUCGCAUCUGGACUUGGCACGCACUGGAUUAUUCAGAGAAUAAGCAGGUCCUUGUAGAGUUUGCUGUGCACUUUAAACUAAAAGAAAUGGCUCAGCUGUUCAAACAAGUCAUUGAGACAGUGCAGAGCACAACUGGGAUUGCUGAGUUAACAAAACAAAAGAAUGAUCAAAAUGGAAAUGAUGGUCAUACUUCACUUGGAGCAUCUGAAUUGAAACAAGGAGGAAAGUUUCUACGAGAGAUGGAAGAACAGGAAGAAGAUGGAGACGAUGUGGUGAUGCUGAGUGAAGUCAAACCAACUCCAGAACAGAGGGCCCUUGCCUUAGAGCUGUUUCUUCCACCAACCUUCUUCUGUUACAAGAACAGGCCAGGUUAUCAAAGCAGUGAUGACGAAGAGGACAGUUUUGAGACAGCAGUAAAGAAGCUUUACCCUAACUACAAUAAAUUCAUUUAAUACCUUCUCCUGUGCCUGGAAUUGAAAUCGAAGAGUGCCAAGGAUACUUCAAGUACUGAGUGGAUCAAAGUCAUGUUUACUUAUGUGCUAUCCAUAAAUUAAAGUAUUUCUCAUUUGUCUGUAUAGACUAUAAAUUCAUUUUUGCUUUAUCUAUUGAUAUGAUAAAAUGUUGAUUUUUCUGUAACUGGAUUCUCUCAUUACUCAUGUAUUUGACCACUCCCAAAGAGCACCUUACCUCUUCCAUGUGCCAACUUUCAUUUCAAAAGCUUUUAAAACUAAUUAGUUUUACAUUUUAACAUACAAGAGUAUAUGUCCAGAAGUGUUUCUGUAGAAGUUUCAGACUGAAAUCUUGUUCUCUUCAGCUUGAGCCUUAGUUGUUGGAAGGCUUUGGAACAGCUCAUACUGCACUUUUCAGCAUGAAUCACUGAAUAUCAAUCAGAAGCACAAAACAUGGCUGAUCUUCUCUUCCUCUUCACCUGGAAAUUACCAGUGGCUAAUUGUAGAGUCCCAUCAUUCCUGGGUUAAGCUCAUCCUGAUAUGUAUGAUUCAGUAUUGCUCUGGCUUGUUCAUUACUAAACCUUGGAGAAUUGUUAACUUUCUAUUUGCACUGGUGUUAGCGUUUUGUGGAAUUAAAUGUGUACACUCUGUCUUGUAUGGCAUUAUGGGAGCAUGUUAUUGAAUUCGUAAAUAGAUGAUCAGGCAAAAUUCAGUGAUAGUCCAGUAACCAGAACAUUAGUACUGCACAAAACAUUUCAUUCUAAUCAUGAUUAAGAUUGGAAAGGAAUUUUAACACGCCUGGUUUAUACAAGUCUGUUGUGCUAAAAUCUUCCUUAAUUUGGUAUCAGACAGAAGCACAAUCUUAAAAAGAUUUUGUAGGAAGAAAUGUAACGAAAGACAGCAUUUAUCAGCCGCUAAGAUUAAAGUAAGAGGAGCAGAAUCCGACAUUGCAUGAUCAAGUUGGAUUUCAUUGCAUACUUGGAAGCAAAAAGAAAAUAUUUCAUUGCUCAACUAUGUCUGAUUCAACUUGGAGAUGUUAACUAAGUAAAGUUCUGGUUUUGAGAAGCAGGGUUGAAAAUGUUAGUUGCACCUCUGGGUCUGAUAAAAUUAUAAGAUUAUUUAUUGUAUCAAAACUGGAUGUGAUAAAAUGUUUCUUAGAAAAAUAUGUUGAAAAAAUUCAUCAGAUCAAUUAGGGAUAUAUCUAGUGUACAUAUUUAUGAUUUGUGGUGAUUUUCAAGAACAUAUUUCAGUUCUUGCUAAUCAGUAUUUUAUGUGGCAACUCAAUUCUGGAUUAAUAUAUUCAAUAUUUCUAACUUUAAUUUUACAACUUGUUAGAAUUGGUUCAAAAUAUUCUGGUCUGCCCCUUCUGUCAAAGGAUUUGGUGAAGUGUUCUUUUUUUCUUUUGUAAAGAUUCUUCGAUUGAUCUUGGAUAGGGUUUUAGAAUCAAACAGAAGUCCCAACCCUGAACUGUGUGGGGUACAGUCACCCAUCAGUUAUUAUUCAUGAACUACCAAAUUAGUAGUCAAAGAGUGUGUUCAUUAUCUAGUUAAGCAGGGGGGUAGAAUCUUGAAGGUACAGUACAAAUACAAGGUCUAUUAGCUCAAGAAGAGCUUCAGUCUACUGUGUGAGAUAAAAGAAAAUGUGCCUCAACUCCCUCUCUAACCAGAAGCCAGAGCUGCCAAACUAUCAGAUCCUUUUCACAGGGCUGCCUGUGCCUGCAAACUGAACACUGAGAAAAUUCAACUACUUCACUUUCAUUCUUCAGGGAAGGGAAUCACUCUAGAUUGAUUUCUAAUCCAUAUUAUCUGAAUGGUCCUUAUAAUCCUCUAAUAUAUUGCUUGUUUCUAAAACUGAUGCCAUGAAGAAAAUUAUUAAUUUCUCUGUAAACACAUAAAUGUUUAGCUUUAUAAAGAGAACUUCGUAACAGACUGCAUUUAUAUAUAGCCUUUCCCAGGACCAUAAUCUCACAAAAUUGGCAUUGAAUCAAAGAAGGAAACAUUUUGGAUGGAUGACCAACCCCAUGGCCAGAAAGAGGUUUUAAGGAGCGUCAAAAGAAGCGAGUAGUCUAGGGACAAAUUUCCAGAGCUUAGGGCAUGGAUCACUAAACACACACAAACCUAUGGCAUUGCACAGGUAGUCAGGGGUAUACAAUAGGCCAGAAUUGGAGAAACAGAACCUUUGUAGGACAUAAAGAAUCCAUUUAAUAGCUAAACCUGUAAAGCUUGUUCUUAAAUUUAGAACACACUUCCAACAGUGAUUAUUCUUAUAGAAAAUAUUCCAGGGAAUUUGAGAAAAACAUGCCAGACAAGUUCAGCCAUGGGAGUGAUCUGAUAUCACCAUAUAAUCAAUAAAAUGUGCAUUGAGGGGUCAUUUUGACACACCUGACUGGAUCUUCCUCCACUGCUCCAAAUGUGGUAUGUCAUUGGAAACAGAUAAAUAGGAUGGUGAUUCCUCAAUAUCCAGACAGAUAUUUCUAUCAAUGAAAAUACUCCUUCCCCUUUAUUGAUUUAUAUUAACACUUAAAAGAGAUGGAUUUUUGCAGUAUCUCAGGGAGCUUUUGGUUGAGGGAAAAUAACUUUUUAGCAAAUUUUCACCCUUUGUAUGUUUAAAUUUUAAUGUACUUAUAACUGCUCAGGCAGAACAUCAGUGCAGCAAGAUUACAAGGCUACUUGACGACAAUUACUUUAGGAUGAGGAAUUAUUUUAUAUUUAAAAGCAAAGGUCUUAAUUGUACUCAUGUUGAGUGCCAUCUGGGUAGGUGCACAGUCUGGCUGUAUUAUUAGGACAGGCAACCAUCAUUGCAGUCUCAUCUAUUUUAUGUUAUAUUUGAACUUAAGUGAUGCUUUACUAUAAUAAAAGAAUUUUGAAAA